AUGGCCAAGCAAAAGGGCAACGCUGGUAUACAAAACCGGCACAUUUACUCAAGGGCGUCAUAUCUUUAUCAGGCGGCCAGUUAUCUGGCAAACUGCGCUCACCAAACCAAGAAAACAACCAACACUGAAGAUAGCCAGAAUGACAAAAGAACAGACGAACUGUCUGGCGCGGCAGAUGGCGAUGGUUUCGCCCACAGCAACCAGGAACGCAAGGCAAUAAUAAACCUGUCCCACCAAGUCGUCUCAGACAUGAGAUCGGUGUCGCUGAAAGCUCAGAUCCGGCAGAGCCCGGCCAUCAAGCAGACCAUCUGCAAAUACUGUGACGCCGUUCAGAUCGAGGGCAAGACGUGCCAUUCUACUGUGGAGAAUCUCAGCAAAGGCGGGAGAAAGCCCUGGGCGGAUGUUCUCGUCACCCGGUGCGAUACAUGCGGAAACAUGAAGCGGUAUCCCAUUGGCGCGCCGAGGCAGAAGAGAAAGUCGCUUCGAGCCCCUAGCACUCAAAAGAGAGCGAAAGGCAGUGCUGCUGCUUCAGAGCCUGUGUCUGCACCCGAGCUGCCAACUUGA